AAAAGAAUAAAAAUGAGAAGAUAGAUGAAAAAACUUAUGGAACAAAAUGAACCUAAAGAAGUCGUUGAUGAAUAAUUAGUAAAAUAAGUACAUCAAGUAGAACAAUAGAAAAAAUAAAAAUAAGUAUUUUAAAUGGUGGAAAUGUCAGAUUCAGAAGAUGAAUAAUAACCAGAAUUAAAAAAUGAAGAAAGUUAAACUUAAUAAUCAAACCAAACUACAUAAACAUAAAAUGAUUAAACUAAUAAGAAAAAGAAGAAUAAAAAUAAAAAAAAGAAAGAUAAAAAAUAAUAAUAAGAAACAAGUUAAUAACCAUAAUAAAAUUAAGAUGAUGAUUUCGAAUUUCUAGAUAAAAUUUAAGCAGAAUAAACAUAAUAAUAAAAAUAAUAAAUUGUAUAAUUUUAAGAAUCAUAAGAAAAUGGACCAUUAGCUAUUAAUAUCAAAAGAUUAAAUUAUAAUAAAGAAUUAUAAUAACAUUUCAAAAAUGCUAAAAUUGCAGGUGGUUAAUAAAAGAAAGGACAUAAAAAUACUAAAUAAUCUUACCUAACCUAUAAUCCAGAAAUUAAUAUUCCAUUACCUGAUAAAUUUAAUGUAAAAUUUGGAAAUUUAAAUGAAUAAGGAUUGUAAUUAUUUACUUUGGUUGCUUCUUAAUAAUAUGAAAGAUUAUAAUAAGAUUAUACAAUUGUUAAGGGUUAUUAUGAUCCACAAGCUAUUUUCAAUUUCUUAUAAAUGAAUCCAUCACAUUGUGAAGCAUAAUUUGAUGUUAGUGAAUAUUUUAGAUUAAAAGGAGAUUAUAAAUAAGCCAAUGAACUUCUAGAGAGAUUACUUUUUAUUUAUGAAAGUAGUUUAGGUUAUGGAUUUAAUAAAUUCUUUGAGGAUGCUUCAAUCAAUCUCGAGAUUGAAGAAAAUGCACAUAGUAAAGUAUUUUUAAUGUCCUUAUUUAAAUUUACAGAUGUUUUAACAAGAAAAGGAUGUUAUAAAGCAGCUUUAGAGUAAUUAUAUAUAUUAUAUAUAAAGAUUUUCAAAAAUAUUAUUGAAAUUUUGUCCAACAAGAGAUCCAUGUGGUGCACUAUUUCUAAUAGAUUGUAAUGCACUUAAAGCUGAACAAUAUGAAUACUUGAUUAAUUUUAGUUCCAAUUUUGUUAGAAGUGUCUAUAAAACUAAUAGAUCUUCUAUUGUUUUUAUGCCUAAUCUUAUUUAUAAUUGUGCAUUAGCUAAAUUCUUAGAAAAGGGAGAAAAUCAUCAUUACUCUUUUAAUGAUUAAAAUAUAACUGAAGCUAUUAAUAAUUUUGGUCCUAAUCCUUUGUAAGCAUCCCAUUAAGUUCUAAUUAUUUAAGCUAUUCUUUUAUAUCCAAUUGUUCUUAAAUAAUUAGCAGAAGCUAAUGAAUAUACUAAAUAAAAUGUUGGAAAUCUAGAUAGCUUUGUAGAUUAUUAAAGGAAACCAUUUAAAGAAUUAUUAAAUGAAGAAUUUUUACAAAGAGAAACUUAUUUACAUUGGUUCUUAUAAUUAGAUACUGAAGAUGAUAAUGAUGGAUUUAUUAAAACUAUUAGUAUUUUUAUUGAAAAAAGUAAAUCUUAAUGGAAAUCUAAUGAAAUUCUUAAAUGGAUAAAAGGGUAUUCUAUUAUAAAUAAAUAAUUAGUGCUUUGGGAUUGAUUGUGAAUAAUAUUAAAAGCCAAAAAUUAGAUCUUGGAUCUUUUUAUGAAGAUAUGACUGUUGUUAAAGAAGGAGUACCUAUUUAUAAUGAAAUCCCUUUCUAAUAUAGAAGAUAUAAGGAAUUAUCAAAAAGUCAUUUUUUAGAGAAUCCAGAAAGGUAAAUUUUAUAAUUAAUCUAUAUAGACUUGAUUUCAAUAAUCUUUUUGCAGAGAAUAUUGGUGCCUAAUAAUAGUAGCCUUAACAAUAAUUACCUGGUAAUUUCAAUCCUCUUAAUGCAAAUCAUGGAUUAUUAUAAGCUGUUUUUGGAACUCUGUUACCAUGGGUUCAUCAUCCUAAUGCUUAAAUGUGAUUAAUAUUAU